CCUCAAAUCCAAACAAAGAUUUUCAGCCAUCCUCUCUCUUUCUAAGAUAUUAACCCACAGCCCAGCCCAACCCAAAAAAAUUAAAACCCAUUAACCAUUAACGUUACAAACCAAAUUCAGAAAAAAAAAAAAAAAAAAAAUAGAAAAAGUCGAGAGAGACCGAGAGACAGAGACUGGAGAUAGACUAGAGAAGAGAGACUCGCCGGCUUGCUGCGACGCCACAGCCGUCGGCCACUCCGCCGGCCAUCCAUGCUAGACACAGGCCGCCGCCACUGACCCACGCAUCACGCACGCCUCCAGUCGCCGCCGGUGGCUUGAUCCCUACUUCCGAUACCGGACCUCCAUCCCGAAUCCCAAUCUGCCUAUUUCAAGAAAAACUGUGCGUUUGAGCUCUCUGUAUCUUUCGCUGAUGCAUACGCCAAUAAGGUGAUAAGCACACUUAAUGUUGCCGAAGCAUUCAUUUCUAGGAACCUGGAAGCAGAGUCUCUGGAGGAAGAGUUUCAAGUUCUUAUCUCCACAAGCCCCUCACAACUACAUAGUUUCUACCAACAUUUCUAUAACUAACUACUGCAAAAAUGGCCAGCUCGACUUUGCUCGGAACCUGUUCGAUGAAAUGCCUAGACGAACUGUUGUCUCAUGGAACACCAUGAUAUCAGGUUACUCCAAAUGGUGGCAAUACUAUGAAGCUCUGAAACUAACUUCCAUUAUGCACAGUAGUAAUAUAAAGCUCAAUGAGACCACUUUUUCAACUAUGUUAAGUGUAUGUGCGCAUUCCCGGUCGGUUUGUGAGGGAGAAGAGCUACAUUGUCUAGUUUUGAAAUCUGGGUUUGAGAGAUUUGAGCUUGUGGGUAGUGCAUUGUUGUACCUUUACGCAAGUUGUAUUGAUAUUGAAGGAGCAAAGCGGGUGUUUGAUGAGUUGCACGGUGAAAAUGAGUUGUUGUGGAGUUUGAUGCUUGUGGGGUACGUGCAAUGUAACUUGAUGAGUGAGGCUUUGAAUGUGUUUAAUAAGAUGCCAUCUAGGGAUGUUGUGGUGUGGACUACGUUGAUUUCUGGGUAUGCGAGGAGCGAGGAUGGGUGUGAAUGGGCUUUAGAGUUGUUUAGGGGGAUGAGGGGGAGUGGUGAGGUGAAGCCUAAUGAGUUUGCUUUGGGUUGUGUUAUAAGGGCUUGUGGAAGACUAGGAAGCCUAAGAGAAGGGAGGAUUGCGCAUCGGCUUUUGAUAAAAUAUGGAUUUGAAUUUGAUCACUCGAUUGCUAGUGCAUUAAUUGAAUUCUAUUGUGAUUGUGAAGCUAUUGAUGAGGCCAAGAGAGUUUAUGAUUGGAUGGGAAACCUAGGUUUAAAUGCUUCAAAUUCACUUAUUGGAGGGCUUAUAUUUAUGGGUAGGAUUGUAGAUGCUGAGUUUAUUUUUGGUAGGCUAGUUGAAAAGAAUCCAGUAUCAUAUAAUUUGAUGAUUAAAGGUUAUGCAAUGAGUGGCCAAGUUGAGGAAUCUGAGAAACUGUUUAAUAGAAUGGCGGAAAGAACUAUAGUUUCUUUUAAUACCAUGAUUUCUACGUAUUCCAGGAAUGGAGAAAUUGAUAAAGCUUUGAAGCUGUUUGAAGAAACAAAAGGGAAAAGAAACCCAGUGACAUGGAAUUCAAUGAUGUCAGGUUACAUUCAAAAUCAUCGACAUGAAGAGGCUUUCAAACUAUACGUGACUAUGCACAGAUUAUCCAUAGACCAUACUAGAUCAACUUUUUCUGCUCUUUUUCAUGCCUGUAGAUGCCUUGGAUCUCUUCGGCUAGGAGAAUUACUUCACGCCCAUGUGAUCAAAACGCCAUUUGAAUCAAAUGCUUAUGUUGGAACAUCUCUUGUAGAUAUGUACUCCAAAUGUGGGAGCAUCUCCAAUGCACAAAAAUCAUUUAGUAGCAUCUCUUCACCCAAUGUGACGGCGUGGUCUGCUCUUAUCAAUGGAUAUGCACAUGAUGGGCUUGGCUCCAAAGCAAUUUUACUCUUUGAGGAAAUGUUAAAGCAAGGAGUUGUUCCCAAUGGAGCUACCUUUGUGGGGAUUCUGUCUGCUUGUGGUCGUGCUGGUCUAGUCGAUGAAGGGAUGAAAUUUUUCAGCUUAAUGCAAAAAAGUUAUGGAGUAACACCAACUUUGGAACACUAUGCAUGUGUGGUGGAUCUUCUUGGCCGUUCAGGCUAUCUACAAGAAGCUGAGGAGUUCAUAAAAGCAAUGCCUAUUGAAGCAGAUGGGGUUGUCUGGGGAGCUUUACUUAGUGCCUGUUGGUUCUGGACAAAAAAGGAGUUGAUUGGGAGAGUGGCUGAGAAGAUCUUCAAUUUGGAUCCUAAGGCAGUAUCUGCUCAUGUUAUUCUGUCUAACAUGCAUUCGAUAUUGGGCAAAUGGGGAGAGAAGAUGAAUGUGAGGAAGAGAUUAAGGAGCUUAGGCAUAAAAAAGGCUCCUGGGUGUAGUUGGAUUGAGUUGGAAAGCAACGUUCAUGUGUUCUCUGUAGAAGAUAGAACCCAUCCUCAUUGUAAUGCCAUUUAUGCAACUUUGGAGCAUUUAACGUCAAAUAUAAAUUCCCUAUAGUGGAGGCUGACUUCUUUAAAGCAAAAUGCCCUUAUUGAUAAAGGUCAUAUUAGUUGUGUGAUUCAUUCUCCUCUCUCAUAAACAAGAGGAAGUGUGGGCCUUUUUUGUGAUUUUUCCGUGCUUUCUUAUGGAAGCAACCGGUUUAACCAUUUCAUGGGAGUAGCACUACUUGCACAAUCCAGUCCUAGAAAACUACAGAGGGUAAGAUGGGCCUUUUAUAGAUUAUGGGAUAUACGGACUAGUGGAUCGAUUCUAUCUCCAUUGUUUUUAUCUUUUCAUUUUUGCUUCUCUCCUAUGCAUGUCAUUCUCUCUCUAUGUGAUAGUUUCUUGUCAUACAUAUCUCUCCAACAGAUACUGCUCUCAAAGAGAGAAGAAUUAUUGCCAUUAAAAGAGAAGGGAAAGAUUAUGUUCUUGCUGAAA